AUGGCGCCAAAACCAGUAUCAAAGGGUAAUUGGUGCUCCAGAUUCCAUCAACAAUCUACAAUUCUACGGGGGAUGGUGAUGACGAUGCUGGUGGAGAAGGAGAAGCAAAAUAGCUAACGUGAGGGUCCGAAUGCUAUAGGUCCGAAAACCCCCGCUGCCUCCAAGAAGGCUGCCGACGCCAAAAAGGCUGCUUUGAAGGGGACCCACGGGAAGAUCACCCGCAAGGUCCGCACCAGCACUACCUUCCACCGCCCGAAGACCCUCUCGCUUGCGCGUGCGCCCAAGUACCCCCGCAAGUCAAUCCCUCAUGCCCCCAGGCUCGACCAGUACAAAGUCAUUGUCCACCCUCUCAACACCGAGAGCGCUAUGAAGAAGAUUGAGGAGAACAACACCCUGGUGUUCAUUGUGGACAUCAAGGCCAACAAGAGGCAGAUUAAGGAUGCUAUCAAGAAGUUGUACGAUGUUGAUACCGUUAAGGUCAACACCCUAAUCAGGUGCGUUGGGCAAAAUAUCUUUCCUGCAGGGGAUGGGGAGAAUUCCCUCUCAAAAACAAGGAGCGGGAACUGACGUUGGCGGUGCUUUAGACCCAAUGGCACAAAGAAGGCUUUCGCCCGUCUGACUCCAGACGUCGAUGCUCUCGAUAUCGCUGCUACCAAGCUGGCGAUCGUAUAGUUUUCUAUCACAUUUCUUUCCGGAGUUUACCAAAAAAAAAACUACACUUUUUUUUUCUUUCAUCGCGGGUUGGGACACAUUUACGUUUUGACGCACGACACCUAUUUGUUGAAUAAACUGGUGAGAGGGGAAUUUGGGAUCGGGGGGCAAAGCUGUUGUGUAUCAGAAACAAAAAAAUGAAAUGGAUGGUCUCGACCUCUUGUGAAAUU